AUGACACCAAUUGACGUCAUCGACGACCUUCCAAUAUAUCUGUUCCCUCGUUCUUUUCCCCACAAGAAGUUCUGCCAGCGGGGCGGCGAACCGGAUAUCAUCGCAACUGCCAAACGCGUUCUCAAUGACUUCCAACGCGGAAAACUGCCCUAUUUUGCAUUAGGUGAAAUCUUCGAGGGUGAAGAAACUAGCAUUGAGGACGAGCAGGGAGACGAAGAAGUUUUAGAGAAUGAGCAAAAGGAAGAGGAAAUGGAGGAUGACGAGGACGCCAGCUUCGAUUUAGCGCCGCACUCCGAGGAUGAGCUAGAGGAGACGCAAAAGGCUGCAGAGGAGGAGGUUGAGGCUGCCGGUGGCCUUUCCAAGAGCCGCCAACGUCAGCUGGAACGUGCCCUGAGG